UCAUCGGAGUUUGGAAUACAGAACAUGUUUUGUGGAGUGCGGCAGUACUCAAAUCAAUUGAUUAGAUAUUUACUUAUGAAGUUCUGAAAAUUUUAUGGUCUGUUUGAUAACCAUUUUAUUUUUUUCGUUUUUAGUUUUCAUUUUUGUGUUGGAGAGAUGAGGAAAGUGAAAAACAACUUAGAACGAAAAACGAAACGGUUAUCAAAUACUGAUCGUUAAGGGAAAUAGUUUCAUUUCAAGUUUCAGUUAUUGAGGACAGUUUCAUAGAUAUUGACCACUAUGAGUGGCGGGAUUCGCACAAGCGUGAAAGGGUACACUAAGGUGAAACGCGGGGAUUUGGCUAUGGACACAACGCAUGAGAAUACUGAGAGGGAUAAUGCUAGCGAGACAACAUUUAUUAAUAGCCAGUCGAGUAAUGCGCCCCAGUUAGCUGCGGCUGCUGAUUGCAUAGACAAGAAACCAGCUAAUGAAGAUUCACCUUCGAACCCGCCUCGCGAUGGAUUGAAUUCGAAUGUGAGGGUUUCGUCUGUCUCGGUGCCUUCAACUCGACAGAUAGAGGGUGAGAUCUUGCAGCCCUUCAACUUGAAGAGCUUCCGCAUUGAUGAACUGAAAACAGCCACAAGGAACUUCCGUAUUGAUCCAACAGUUAAUGGAGUUCGUAUGAGACGUGUCUUUAAGGGGUGGAUUGAUGAGAAUUCACUCACAGCUACCGUACCUGGUACCGGCAUGGCCAUUGCUGUUAGCUAUGUGUUGUUUAAACAUGAAAUGCCACUUCAGAGUCGCAAUGAAUGGUUGACAGAAGUUAAUCGCGUUAGACAGCUCCAUAACCAAAACCUUGUGAGGCUGAUCGGUUACUGCUUAGAGGAUGAUUGUAGGCUUCUAGUGUAUGAAUUUAUGGCUAAAGGGAGCUUGGAUAAUCAUCUGUUUCUAAGAGGCUACUUUGAACCACUUUCGUGGAACGUUCGUAUGAAGAUUGCCCUUGGCUCUGCUAAGGGUCUAGCAUUCCUUCACGGUGACGACGCAAACAUUUUAUAUCGGGACUUUAAAGCUUGUAAUAUCCUGCUUCAUUCGGCCUACAAUGCCAAGCUUUAUAAUUUUUGUGUGAGCAAGGAUGGAUCAGCAAGUUAUAGAAACCAUGUUUCAACAGACGUCAUGGCAACACAUGGUUAUGCAGCUCCUGAGUAUAUAGCCACAGGUGAUUGCACCGCGAAAUGUGAUGUGUAUAGUUUCGGAGUUGUUCUGCUUGAAAUGCUGACUGGCAGACGAGCUGUGGACAAGAACCGGCCAUCUGAGGAACAAAAUUUAGUCGAAUGGGCGAGGCGUUACCUUGCCAGCAAACGUAAAGUUGUCCUAAUUUUCGAUGAUCGUCUUGAAGGCCAGUACUCUGUGGGGGUAGCUCUUGGAGCAGCUAACCUUGCAAGCCAAUGCUUAUCAAUAGAACCCAGGUGUAGGCCAAAUAUGGAUGAAGUGGUAAAAGCAUUGGAGAAACUUCAGGGUUAAUCCUGUGACUUAACAAAAAACAUGGGGUUAAAUUCUAAACCUUGCAAUUUAUUUAUGGGAGUUUUAACGA